GUUUGAGCGCGAGCCCGGAGGGCUCCCGCCCCCGGCCCGGCCUCUCGGCGGCUGCGGCCGCUCCUUUGCUGAGCAGCUCUCCAGGAAUCUGCCGGAGCUGAUCGCGGUGAGGAGGACCCGAGGCCCAGAGAGGGACUGGAAUUUGUCCUAGGGCCCCUGGCCUGCCCAUCUCAGCUUCCUGCUGCCGGCACCACUCUGGGCUCCAGUACGCGCAGAAAGUACUUCCAACCUUGGUAUCCAACCGCCGGCAACCCCGGGCUGUGCGGAGACCUAGAGGUGUGUUUCGUAUCUUCACAUUUUGCAUUUGAAGAAACUGAGGCACUCACGGAUGGAGUAAUAUUCCUGAGUCUCACAACUAAUAAUUGUGCUUUGGUCUCCAGCUCAAGAAGAAGUAGAAGUGGUACAGAAAUGGUUAGAGAACCCUGCAGGGAGCAAACAGCCUCUGGAUGCAUAGGGACCUGUGGACUUGCUGUCUGAUGCCCCCAUGGAGACAGGAAGCACCAGGUUGAACGACAUGAAGCCCCAGUCUCUGCAGCUGGUGCUGGAGGAGCAAGUGCUGGCUCUUCAGCAGCAGAUGGCGGAGAACCAGGAAGUCUCCUGGCGGAAAUUGAAGAGCUUCCAGGAGGCACAGCAAAGGCAAGCUGCCCUUGUGAGGAAGCUGCAGGCCAAGGUUUUGCAGUACCGGAGCUGGUGCCAAGAACUGGAGAAGCGACUGGAAGCCACUGGAGGGCCGAUUCCUCUGCCUUGGGAAAGUGUGGAAGAGCCAAACCUGGAACAGCUGCUAAUCCGAUUGGACGAGGAGCAACAGAGGUGUGAGAGUCUAGCAGAAGUGAAUACUCAGCUUCGACUGCACAUGGAAAAAGCUGACGUGGUGAAUAAAGCCCUUCGGGAAGACAUGGAAAAAUUGACAGUGGACUGGAGUCGGGCCCGGGAUGAGCUAAUAAGGAAGGAGAGCCAGUGGCGGAUGGAGCAGGAGUUCUUCAAGGGCUAUCUGAAGGGGGAACAUGGUCGCCUUCUCAAUCUAUGGCGGGAGGUAGUGACCUUCCGACGCCACUUCCUGGAAAUGAAGUCAGCAACUGACAGAGAUCUGACAGAGCUAAAGGCUGAACACGCGAGGCUUUCAGGGUCCCUGCUGACCUGUUGUCUGCGCUUGACCGUGGGAACACAGUCUCGGGAAUCCAGUAGAUCUGGGAAAACGGACAAGAGUGAGCCACCCCAGCUGCUGCUCCUACUAGCCAAGACUCAGGAGCUAGAGAAGGAAGCCCAUGAGAAGAGCCAGGAGUUAAUACAACUCAAGAGCCAAGGGGAUCUGGAGAAAGCUGAACUUCAGGAUCGAGUGACCGAGCUCUCUGCUUUGCUGGCCCAUUCUCAGAAGCAAAAUGAAGAUUAUGAAAAAAUGCUAAAGGCUCUGAGAGAGACAAUGGAGAUCCUGGUACAUAAUCCUUUGUUCUGGAAAAGAAUUGGGAGUGGGCUUGUAGGUUCCUUCCUCCUUUAUAAACAGGAGUCAAAUCACACAGAAUUAAUGGAACAUGAGGCAUCUCUUAGUAGGAAUGCCCAAGAGGAGAAGUUGUCUUUACAGCUGGUGAUCAAGGAGAUAACACAGGUACUGGCCUUGGUGGAAGAAGGGGACAACACUGGCCAAGGCUCUGGUCAUGAGAGCUCUUUGAAAUUGGACUCUAGUGGCUUCUCCUCCCACUUUGAUUCCCAGGAUCCAGACAAAGCUCUUACUCUGGUGCGUUCAGUGCUGACUCAGAAACACCAGGCUGUGCAGGACCUAAGGCAGCAGCUUUCAGGCUGCCAGGAAGCAAUGAGCUUCUUGAAGCAGCAGCACGAUCAGUGGGAGGAAGAGGGCAAAGCCCUGAGGCAGCGGCUGCAGAAGCUCUCUGGGGAGCGGGAUGCUCUGGCAGGACAGACUGUGGGCCUCCAGGGCGAGGUGGACACUCUCAGCAAGGAGCGAGAGCUCCUGCAGAAGGCCAGGGAAGAGCUGCAGCAGCAACUAGAGGUGCUGGAACAGGAAGCAUGGCGGCUCCGAAGGGCAAAUAUGGAGCUACAGCUGCAGGGUGACUCUGCCCAGGGGGAGAAGGAGGAGCAGCAGGAAGAGUUGCACCUGGCUGUUCGGGAGAGGGAGCGUCUUCAGGAAACACUGGUGGGCUUAGAAGCCAAGCAGUCAGAAUCACUCAGUGAGCUAAUCACACUUCGGGAAGCUUUGGAGUCAAGUCGCCUGGAAGGGGAGUUACUGAGGCAAGAGCAAGCGGAAAUGGCAGCAGCACUGGCCAGGGCAGAACAAUCCAUUGCAGAGCUUUCAAGUUCUGAGAACAGCUUGAAGGCAGAGGUUGCCGAUCUUCGGGCUGCAACUGUCAAGCUCAGUGCCUUAAAUGAGGCUUUGGCGUUAGAUAAAGUUGGACUGAACCAACAGCUUCUCCAGUUGGAGCAUGACAACCAGUCUGUGUGCAGCAGAGUAGAGGUGGCAGAGCAGGCGAGAAAUGCUUUGCAGGUAGACCUGGCAGAGGUAGAGAGGAGCAAGGAAGCACUGUGGGAAAAGAAAACUCACCUGGAGGCUCAGCUGCAGAAAGCUACAGAGACUGGAGCUGAGCUACAGGCAGAGCUCAGGAGCAUCCAAGAAGAAAAGGAAGAAAUUAAAGAGAAAUUAAAUGAGGUACUUUACCAGCAGGAGGCAGCUACAGUUCAGCUUGAACAGCUGCAUCAGGAAGCAAAGCGACAGGAAGAAGUGCUUGCCAGGGCAGUCCAGGAGAAAGAGUCUCUAGUAAGAGAGAAGGCUGCUCUAGAGGUGCGGCUGCAGGCUGUGGAGAGAGACCGCCAGGACCUUGUUGAACAACUUAUGGGGCUUAGCUCGGCCAAGGAACAGCUGGAGAACAAUCUGUUUGAGGCCCAACAACAAAAUUCUGUGAUAGAGGUCACCAAGGGACAGCUAGAGGUCCAGAUUCAAACUGUCACUCAAGCCAAGGAAGCAGUCCAAGGGGAAGUGAGGUGCUUGAAGCUAGAACUGGAAACUGAACGGAGCCAAGCAGAGCAGGAGCGGGAGAGAGCAGCCAGAAAGUUGGCCCAGGCUGAGCAAGAUGGGCAGAUGGCCCUGGAGCAGCAGAAGGUGGCCCAUGAGGAGGAGGUCAAACAGCUUCAGGAGAAAUGGGAGAAAGAGCACUUCCGGCUUCAGAAGGAGCUGAAUAAGGCCCUGGAGAGCCUAGAGAGAGAAAGAAUGGAGCUGCAAAUAAGGCUGAGGGAGAAACAAACAGAAACUGAAGCCAUCCAGGCACAGAGGGAAGAGGAACGGACCCAGGCAGAGAGUGCCCUCUGCCAGAUGCAGCUGGAAACAGAGAAGGAGAGAGUGUCCCUCCUUGAGACACUGCUACGGACCCAGAAGGAGCUGGCAGAUGCCAGCCAACAACUGGAACGGCUGAGGCAGGACAUGAAGGUUCAGCAGUUAAGAGAGCAGGAGACCACUGGGAUGCUACAGUCCCAGCUCCGCGAGGCUCAGUCGGAGCUGAAGGAGGCAGCACAGCAGCACAGAGAUGACCUUGCUGCCCUCCAGGAGGAGGGUAGCACCCUGCUGCAGGACAAACUAGACCUACAGAAGCAGGUGGAGGACUUGAGGUCUCAGCUGGUGUCCCAGGAUGACUCCCACAGACUAGAGGAGCAGGAGGUUCAAGAGAAGCUGAGAGAGGCCCAGGAGAGUAGCCGAAUUCAGAAGGAACUGGAGAGGGAGAAAGCCAGCCUGACUCUGUCACUGGUGGAAAAGGAACAAAAACUCCUUGUUUUACAAGAAGCUGACUCUGUUCGACAGCAAGAGCUGAACUCCCUGCACCGUGACAUGCAAGAGGCUCAAGAAAGGCAAAAGGAACUCAGUGCUCAGGUGGAAUUACUGAGGCAGGAGGUGAAGGAAAAGGAGGCUGAUUUUGUGGCUCAGGAAGCACAACUGCUGGAGGAGCUGGAGGCCUCUCGGAUCACAGAGCAACAGCUGCGAGCUUCCUUGUGGGCCCAAGAAGCCAAGGCUGACGAACUUCAGCUGCAACUGCGUAACACAGAAAGCCAAUUGGAGGUGCUGGCUGCUGAGCAGCAGCCUGGGAACCAUGCUCAGGCCCAGCUGGCCAGCCUCUACUCUGUUCUGCAGAAGGCUUUGGGAUCUCUAUGUGAGAACAGGCCAGAGCUGAAGGGCGGGGGAGACUCUGCUCCCACCCUGUGGGGCCCAGAGCCAGGCCAAAAUGGAGCCAGGAGCCUUUUUAAGAGAGGGUCCCUCCUGACUGCUCUUUCGGCUGAGGCUGUAGAAUCUGCUCUCCACAAGCUUCACCAAGACCUGUGGAAGACUCAGCAGGCCCGGGAUGACCUGAGAGAUCAGGCCCAGAAGCUGACACAGAGUCUAAUUGAUGUUGAGGUGGAGAAGAGCCAGAUCCACUCCAAGUUUCAGGACCUUCAGAGACAGCUCUCCCAGAGCCAGGAAGAGAAAUUCAAGUGGGAAGGAAAACACAGCACCCUAGAAUCUGAGCUGAGGGAGCUGCAUGAAACUGUGGCAUCCUUACAGAGUCGCCUCCGGCAAGCAGAGCUACAGAGAAUGGAAGCCCAGAGUGAGCGAAAGUUACUUCAGGCAGCCAAAGAGAACUUAACAACCCAGGUUGAACAUCUGCAAGUAUGUGUCACAGAAGCCAGGGCUCAGGCAAGUGCUGCUGGGGUCCUAGAAGAAGACCUAAGAACGGCUCGCUCUGCACUGAAACUGAAAAACGAAGAGGUGGAGAGUGAGCGGGAGAGAGCCCAGGCUCUACAAGAGCAGGGCGAGCUGAAGUUGGCCCAAGGGAAGGCUUUGCAGGAGAAUUUGGCUCUGCUGGCCCAGACUCUAUCUGAAAGAGAAGGAGAGGUAGAGACUUUGCAGGGAGAAAUCCAGGAACUGGAGAAGCAGCGGGAAAUGCAGAAGGCAGCUCUAGAACUGCUGUCUCUGGACCUGAAGAAGAGGAACCAAGAGGUGGAUCUGCAACAAGAACAGAUUCAGGAGCUGGAGAAGUGUAGGUCUGUCUUAGAGCACCUGCCCAUGGCUGUCCAGGAGCGAGAACAGAAGCUGACUGUGCAGAGGGAGCAAAUCAAAGAGCUCGAGAAGGAUCGGGAGACUCAGAGGAACAUUUUGGAGCAUCAACUUCUGGAACUUGAGAAGAAAGCCCAAGUGAUUGAGUCCCAGAGAGGACAGAUUCAGGAUCUGAAAAAGCAGUUGAUGACUCUGGAAUGCCUGGCUCUGGAGCUAGAGGAAAGUCAUCACAAAGUGGAGGGCCAGCAGAAGGUGAUUGAGGAACUGGAGGGCCAGAGAGAAACACAGAGGGUGGCUCUGACCCACCUGACUCUGGACCUGGAAGAAAGAAGUCAGGAGCUGCAGGCACAAAGCAGUCAGAUACAGGAGCUGGAGAGCCACAGCACCUUUCUGGCAAGAGAGCUACAGGAAAAGGAUGAGGAAGUGAAGUCCCAGCACCAACAAAUAGAAGAGCUGCGGAGGCAGAAAGACCAACUCACUCAGGACCUUGAGAAAAGGGACCAGGAGCUGAUGUUGCAGAAGGAGAGAAUUCAGGUUCUGGAAGACCAGAGGAUGCUGCAGACCAAGAUCCUAGAGGAGGACCUGGAACAGAUCAAGCUGUCCUUGAGAGAGCGUGGCCAGGAGCUGGCCUCCCAGAGGCAGCUGAUGCAGGAGCGGGCAGAGGAGGGGAAAAGCCCUAGUAAAGCACAGCGUGGGAGCCUGGAGCACAUGAAGCUGAUCCUGCGUGAUAAGGAGAAGGAGGUGGAAUGCCAGCUGGAGCAUAUCCAGGAACUUCAGGAGCAUAAGGACCAGCUGGAGCAGCAGCUCCAGGGCCUGCACAGGAAGGUGGGUGACACCAGCCUGCUCCUGACCCAGCGAGAGCAGGAGAUAGUAAUCCUGCAGCAGCACCUUCAGGAAACCAAGGAACAAGGGGAGCUGAAAGAGCAGGCACUUCAGGGUCAGCUGGAAGAGGUCCAAAGAGCCCUGGCCCAAAGGGACCAAGAUCUCGAGGCCCUGCUGCAAGAUCAGCGGCAGGCCCUGGCCCAGGAGGAGGAGAAGGCAAGUGCCCUCCAGGCUGCUCUGGAGCAGGCCCAUGUGACGCUGAAGGAGUGCCAAGGAGAGCUGGAGGAGCACAGGGAGCAGGUGAGAAGGCUCCAGGAAGAGCUGGCAGUGGAGGGACGGCAGGUUCAGGCACUGGAGGAGGUUUUAGGAGACCUGAGGGCCGAGUCUCUGGAGCAGGAGAAGGCUCUGCUGGCCCUUCAGCAACAAUGUGCUGAGCAGGCACAGGAGCACGAGGCAGAGGCCAGAGCUCUGCAGGACAGUUGGCUGCAGGCAGAGGCCACACUCAAAGAGCGAGACCAGGAGCUGGAGGCUCUGCUGGCAGAAAGCCAGUCUUCUAGGGAUCAGGAAACCGCUGCACUGGGCCAGGCAGAGGCUCUGCAGGAGGCCCUGAGCAAGGCCCAGGCUGCCCUGAAGGAAAAAGAACAGCAUCUCCUUGAGCAGGCAGAAUUGAGCCGUGGUCUGGAGGCCAGCACUGUCACCUUGCAAGCUGCACUCGGCACCUGUCAGACACAUGCCCAGCAGCUGGAAAAGGCCCUGAGGAUGCGAGAAGGUGAGAUUCAAGACCAGGAUCUUCGACACCAGGAGGAUGUGAAGCAACUUCAGCAGGCACUUGCCCAAAGGGAUGAAGAGCUCAGGCAGCAGAAGGAACAGGGGCAGCUGUUGGAGAAGUCUUUGGCACAAAGCAAUCGAGAGAAUAGGAUCCAAGAGAAGCAGAGUCUUGGGCAAGAAGAAGAGAUGUGGAGCCUGCGUGAGAAUCUAAAGGAACUAAAGCUGAUUCUAGCCCAAAAGGAAGAAGAGAUUCAGGAACUGAGAGAAGCCCAGCAAAGGAUGAAUCUGGAGGCCUCUCCCCACCUCCACAAAGCCUCCUCAGUGGAAGAGCCAUCUCCAAAAUUGAAUUCUUUAGCACCUGUGCUGCAGCAGGACUUGGAGCGACUGCAGAUGGUCCUGAGGCAGACAGAGGCCAGGGAGAUUGAGUGGAGGGAGAAGGCCCGGGACUUGGCGAUGUCCCUGGCCCAGAGCAAGGCCAGUGUCAACAGUCUGCAGGAGGUAGCCAUGUUUCUACAAGCCUCUGUCCUGGAGCAGGAAUCACAACAGCAGAGAUUGCAGACAGAGCUGGACCUUACCAGACAGGCUCUGGAGAAGGAGCGACUACACAGCCUACAUUCAACCAGCAGAGUGGAGCAGGAGCCCAGAGCAGGGCAGAGCGAACAGCCCAGAGAGGCCUCAGGAAUGGAGGCUGACCCUAAUUCUGGAAUGGAGCAGCAACAGUCGUGGAGACAAAGGCUUGAAAACCUUCAGCAAGCGGUGGCCCGACUGGAAAUUGAUCGGAGCAGGCUGCAGCGCCACAACGUCCAGCUGCGGACCACCUUGGAGCAGGUGGAGCGAGAACGGAGGAAGCUGAAAAGGGAUUCCAUGCGCACAUCUCGGGCAGGGGCCCCAGAGAUCAGUGACGCCGCUGCCUCAUCACCCACACAGAAGGAUGGAAGAAGAGGACAGAGCAGUUCCUCAGAUGCCAAGUAUAUAGCUGACCUGCAGAAAGAGGUGGCUGUGCUACGAGCCCAGCUGGCUUUGGAACGGAAGCAGAGGCAGGACUACAUCGCUCGCUCUGUGCAGACCAGCCGUGAGCUAGCAGGCCUACACCACAGCUUGUCCCACUCUCUUCUUGCUGUGGCACAGGCCCCUGAAGCUACUGUCCUAGAGGCUGAGACCCGCAAGCUGGAUGAGUCCCUGACCCAAAGUCUGACAUCUCCAGGGCCAGUCCUGCUAUACCCCAGCCCCAGCACUACCCACACCACCCCCAGGUAGCAGCCACAGCUAGAGCAGGAUACAGGCCAGCUUGAUGGCAUAUGGACAGAUGACCAUAGUGGCUAUAGGUUUGCCAAAGGAAAGGUCUUCUCUUGUUAUCCAGCCUGGCUGUCCCAGAUUACCUGGCAUUCCCAGGAAGAAGACAGAGAACCACAAGGCUGCAGAGGGCCCCAGCUUACGUGGGAAUGAGGCAGAUCACAUUUGCCUGAUAACUUAGACUCUCCCAAGGAGUGCCUUGUCCUGGCCAAGGGGCAGCUACUGGCUUACAGCCAGAAGAAACCAGAACAGCCCACACUAGGUCUUCAACAAUGACGACAGUGUGUGGGUAUUCUUGUCCAUGUUUUGAGCAUUCUGUGCAUUAACUUCAGGGAGGUUUUGUUUCCCUAUUGUCUGCAAUUUAUUUUCCCAACACGUCACCUUCUCUCUUGCCUUUCCCUUCAACAAUAAACCCAGGCUCUGCAUUA